UCUUUCUCCACCCGCUACAGCUACCGCUACCGCUACCGCUAUCACAACGCACCACAACGCAAGAAUCCAGUGGGAAUCUUUCGCUCUGUUGCUCUUCUUUCGUCACACCUCCCCGGUUUCGUUUCUUUCCGUAUUGCAUUGUAUUCAACCUCUCCAACCAUCCACUCCGACCAUCGACGACACGAAUUUUUCACCUUACCUCGACCUCUACACCCGGUGGCUGAUCUUUUCCUGCCAAAUCUCAACAAUUUCGACUUCAAAAGCAAAACCUGCUCUCACACAAUUUUGCUCGCUGCGCAAUGGCCCGCUGAAUUGGCCCAACUCCGAAUCGCCCCGCCUCAUUCCUUCCCACUCGUUCGACACCAGCAUGGACCUGUGAUUUCUCAGAAUGAAGACAGCACCUCUUGUGAGAGAUAAUCCUCAAGUCUUCAGCGACCAAUAUGGAUCCGGACAAAGCACAUCACCAACCUCACCGCCUCCAUACCGACAUCACCCCGCACCAUCACUUCUUUUCCCGGACUGCCAAUAGCACCCCGUUAUCCUCACCGGGGCUCUUCAGCCCUUCCAACCCACGGCCUCACAUGGCUCUCUAUGGCAUCUCCGCCUCCGAAGCGACGACACCCGCCCCAGGGAACAUUACCAGUCCCUACCUUCAUCCGCUGCAGAGCCACAAAGUGCGGGAGACUGACAAGGCCCUCGUCGACCGAGACCUCAUGACAGGCCGCAAGAUCAUCAACCAGUACGAAGUCAUAGAAGAACUCGGCCGCGGUGUGCACGGGAAGGUCAAACUAGCCCGCAAUCUCGAAAAUGGCGAAAACGUUGCCAUUAAGAUCGUCGCCCGCUUCUCUAAGAAACGGCGGCUGGGCAAACUCACUGCCAUGUCGCAGGAGGACAAGACCAAGAAGGAAAUCGCCAUCUUGAAAAAGAUCAGACACCCCAACGUUGUGGCCCUACUGGAGAUCAUUGACGACCCCGAACUUAAGAAGAUCUACAUGGUUCUCGAGCAUGUCGAACUGGGCGAGGUCGUUUGGCGCAAGAAAGGACUACCAUGGAUAUGUGCCGUUGAGCGUCGUCGUAUCGAGAUGGAGAUGCGUGGCGAGGUGGACACCGAGGAAGGCGAAGCAUAUGUCGGUCUUAUGGACAAGAAGCGAGCGAUCAAGGAAGUCAAGAGGGCCAAGAUGCAACAGAAACAAAGCAGGAAACCGGACGAUUUCUGGAGCAUUGAGUAUGGGGCCGCCGAUGAGGACGAGCCAGGCUCCCUUCCACGCUCCAUGUCAAAGGACGGUCGGUCUCUGUUUCAACAGCUAGAGAUGCGCCAAAAUGGGCAACAGGAAUGGUCAAGAGCAACAUCACGACCUUCGUCUACCAAUGGCCGUUCGCGAGCAGGGACACCACACCCUUCCGAGUCGGAUAUUGCAUCAAUGGCCGGCGAAUACUCGAGUGAUCUAGAGACACCCGGACCGACGCUGCCCCACGCAGGCUCUUCGUCCGCUCUCGACACUGCCAUAUUCAGCCCAGAAGACGCCAUGCUUCGGGGGAGGUCACCUAGCAUGGCUGAUUCCAUAAUCUCCCACAUGUCAUCCAUCGACCUUGACAGAACUGGUGCCGACGCUUUCGCCGAGGACUUCUCCUUUGUACCAUGUUUCACUAUCGAGAGCGCUCGCUUCACUUUUCGUGACACCGUCUUGGGACUAGAAUAUCUCCACUAUGAGGGCAUCGUUCAUCGCGAUAUCAAGCCAGCGAAUCUUCUGUGGACUCGGGAUCAUAGAGUCAAGAUCGCCGAUUUCGGUGUCUCCUAUUUCGGCCGUCCUAUUCGGGACGGUGAGCUGGACGAGUUCGUAUCCGAGUCCGAGGCUCGCGAUUUCGAUAAUGACCUUGAGCUUGCCAAGACAGUGGGAACCCCAGCCUUUUUCGCUCCCGAGCUCUGUUACACCGAUAUAGACGAAGGGCAACAACCUAAAAUCUCCGAACUCAUCGACGUAUGGUCCUUGGGCGUUACUCUCUACUGUCUCAUAUAUGCCCGUAUUCCUUUCAUGGCUGAGGACGAGUUCCACAUGUUUAGAAAGAUUGCGAAAGAUGAGGUCCUCAUUCCUCGUCAGCGCCUUAAGCCUGUCGACCCCCAAACCAACCCAUCUACCCAAUCACUUUACACGCGACCUGGUAGUGCUGCUGGUUAUCGUGGAGACGACGAACUCAUCUACGAGCCACUAGAUGAGAACCUGCUUGACCUGCUGCGCAGGAUGCUCACCAAGAAUCCCGAGCAACGGAUUCGACUGCGCGAUGUCAAGCGUCAUCCUUGGGUCACCCAAGGCAUCCCCAAUGUCGUGGCGUGGCUUGAUGAUACCGAUCCGUCGCGACGAGCCUCGGGACGCAAGAUCCAGGUCGAUGAGAAAGAAAUCGGACACGCUGUCGUACCUCUUACCUUUUUGGAAAGGGUUCGGUCUGCAGCGAAGAAAGCCGUGGGAAAGUUUACUACUCAUCGGCCGUCAGAGAAAGUAGAUAUUCAGUCUAGACGAAGAGCUAACAGCAGCACUAACAGCUUAUCUGGUGAGAGCGUGGUAACUGCUUCAUCUCACCUACAUCUUCGAGAUGUUCGUCGUAAGAGUAUUCGCCCCGAUGAUUAUUUCACCGUUGGCGAACAUCCUCUCGCGCAAAGUGUGACAGCCAGCCCCCAAGAAUCACCAGUAAACGCCAGCGUCUCAGACGGACAAACGCAAUCGAUGUUGGUAGGAGGAGACCUCAGCGGCCGUACUAGCAGAUCUGCCAUCGAUUUUAACAUAGAAUCAGAUCUCCCGUAUCGGUCGCCUUCGAGAAUGUCGACAUCGUCCAGCAAAGCCGCCCAUCAGCAAAGUCACCUGCGCACGCGUUCCAUAACCAACGCUUUCCUGGCUCUGACUCAUGCCCCACCCAUACCGCAUCCGACGCCUGCAACGCCUGCAACGCCUACUGCCGAUUCCACUUUCCUGGAUGAUGCAUUGGCGUCCCUCCGAAAGGCCCGUGACACAAACACUCUUGACGAUGGUUCGCGAUCACGUUCUGUUGAUAGAGGUCUGUUUGCUAGUGCCGACAAGCGCGCAGAGGCUAAAGUUGCCUUAAGCACCGCGGUUGCACCCGGAAACGUGGAACUGCCACCUCGGAGGCCUACGGCUCUUGGUCUUGUCGAUAACAUUCAGACGAGUGACAACGACCCUCUACCAUCGCCCAUGUUCUUUUCACCCAGAGCUGUCAGAACCUACCAAUACGCCGAGCCUUCCUACGAACCUAGCAUCCUCUCUACAAGCCAUCACGAGAGGCAGUCGUCUUGGGCGUCCGCGGGCGACCGAUACCUAACAAGCCAACAAGUCAUGAUGAUGGACGCUAAAACUCCACCACCGAGAAUGUAUCAUUCAUCGACACCGGAGUCCUUUGCUCGAGCACACGAGAAGAUGCAGCGCCGCCAAAAUCGUGAAGACGAGGGGCAAGCCAAGCGACGGGAGCUGGUGACAUCUCAUGGUGAGGAACAUCCUUCGGAGGUACCGUGCCCACCAUCACCGGAUGACGAGGUGUUCAAUGAGAAGCCUCCGCCGCCGUCACGACGAGAUACUACUGGAACCGUCAUCACUGCUAGUUCAUCGACUGGGAAUAUUGCAACACCGAUGACGAGCCCCAGUGAAGUGGCAAGCCCUGUCAGCAUGGGCAAGGGUGCCAGAGAGAACUCGCAGGUUUUCCGAUCGGAUCCAUCGCUGCCUGCUCUCUUGAGCGGCGCCAGCUCGGUCUCUGCUGAUGCCGAGGGCGAUUUUCUUCAGCGGCCAGGCUCCGUUGAUCCACCAUCUCUGAUCGAGACUGCCGACUCACUCACACCUCCCGCUUUUGAUAAAGAACCAAUCACGGGAUUCCCACUCGAGGCUUUGGAGAGUGAAGACAGUGCAGUUCAGCUCCACCUUGCUGCAUCGCUGCGCAGUCAUAAUUCUUCGUCCAUGUACUCAUCACGAGCUGUCGAGGAUGACGACAGUAGCGAUAGCGACGAAGGUCUUGUCAUGGCAAAGACAAAAAGAAAAGGACCAAUCAGAGAUCCCACCAGCCAGCCUUUUAGUAGAAUUGCGACCAGUGCGAGACGCAGGGACACACAAACGAGCGUUGGCAGCACCGAGACAGCCAAGAAGAUUGUGGUCCACAGCGAUUGAGCUCGUGGCUUCAUCACUCUACCUCAACUAUCAUAUAACACUAUUUCUCAGCUCGUUUCCUUUGGCAGUAUUGGAGAAUGGCAAUGCAUAUGGGUCGGCC